GCCGUUCUUCAGCGUACAAGCUUCGAACCGGAAGUGGUCAUGGAAGUUUCUUAAAUGCGAUAUGAAUUUUGUUUUCAUGCUUAAAUUUGAUAUGAACGACUUUUACUUUUUACGAAGUUAAUAGGCAACAUCAUUUGACAAUGGAUGACAGGAGACGACACAGAGAAUCUCCUGUCCGGGAUGUAAAGAUAAAAAUUAAGCAAGAAAAAGUGAGUCCCGCGCGGCCUCCGCGGGUCCGCCGGUCCAGUUCAGGCUCCAGCCGAGGAAGCAGCAGCCCUCCCCCGAGACAACGAGACAGCAGAUCACCUGUCAGAAGAAAGGACAGGUCGCCAGCGAGGAGAGACCGUUCAUCAGGCAGACCGCAGGAGAGGUCACCUCGACCCCGGAGAAGUAGAAGCCCACACCACAGCACUGACAUUACGAUAAACCGAGAGCAAGAUGAUCACCGAGGAUCUGAAAGUCAUCGUGAGAGAAGGGACAAUUCAGAUGAUCGCAGGAUGAAAAGGGAGGGAGAGCGGCCUCGGCAAAGAGAGAGAGACAGAGAGCAGAACAGAAAUAGACGAAGAGAACGGGAUGCCUACAUACAACAGCAACAGCAGGCUGAGAGAGAACGGCAUAAUGAACGGCGGCGGGAGAAUCGCCUCAGACAGAGUGGCAGUGGUAAUGAGGAGCAUGAGUUUGGCGGUGAAAACACUGAUGAUUCUGCACCUGCAGCCGAGAAGGAAAAGCCCAACUUUGAACUAUCAGGUGCUUUGGUGGAAGACACUAAUACAUACAGGGGGGUGGUGAUCAAGUAUAACGAGCCUCCGGAGGCCCGGAUCCCUAAACGAAGAUGGCGUUUGUACCCUUUUAAGAAUGACGAGCCGCUUCCAGUCAUGUACAUCCACAGACAGAGUGCGUAUCUACUUGGACGACAGAGGAAGAUUGCAGACAUUCCUAUCGACCACCCGUCUUGUUCCAAACAGCAUGCUGUUUUUCAGUACAGAUUAGUGGAGUUCACACGGGCGGAUGGCACCAUGGGCAGGAGAGUGAAGCCGUACAUCAUCGAUCUGGGUUCUGGUAAUGGAACAUACCUGAACAAUCAGCGUAUAGAACCGCAGCGUUACUACGAGCUCAAAGAAAAGGAUGUGCUGAAGUUUGGCUUCAGCAGCAGAGAGUAUGUGCUCCUUCAUGAGUUCUCCGACACGGCCGAGGUUGACGCAAAGAGGGAGGAUGAAGAGGAUGAAGGCCUGGAUGAGUAGUUCUCGCCUCAUCGUUUACCAAAGUUACCUGUUUUGUGCUGAACUCUUUGAAAGAGUUUCAUUGGUAGGGACAGAACCAGCAUGAAUUUAUUGAUUCAGAAUUUACUUAUGGACAAUGAAGGAAUCUCGCUUCAGCCUGCCCAAGUUGUCUGUAUGACUCUAUUCUCAGGUGGAUAGUUUUGUAUCCAAUAAAACGGUGUGUACAGUGUUGUUCUUCAAAGCAAGUGCUCAAUGCCAGAACUAUUUCAUCUUCAGAAAAUGUCCAGAUUUGGUUACUGUAAAUAUAUACUGGAUGUAUUUGAUGUGAUUGUUUGUUUCAUGUCUUUUAGUUUAUUGUCUUUGUGACUAGAUACAUUCUGUGUGCUAGUUAGAUGAACUAGUCUUUUUUGCACACCCAGAUUAUCAUCCUCAUGGUUAUGGAGACUCAUUUGAAUAUUGCUAAACAAAAGAUGGUAUUUUACUUUAAAUAUUUUAUUUUCACUCACAGUACAUUUAUAUUUGAUUUUUAGAUAUUUUGUAUUGUAAAAUAAAGAUGUAUAAUAAUGAA